AUGGAUCCAGUCGAGCAGCCUGCGCCUCCGCUGGCUCAGCUCUUCAGUGGCGACUUCUCCUUCCCCGUCGAUGAGUUUCUCGUUCUCGUCGAGACCAAUACGCUUCCGCACAAGUGUUACUACGCACACACGCCUCACAAGACCGCCUACGUCGCGAACGCGCUGACGGGCCGCGCGCGGCUAUGGUACGUCCGCUGGGCCGGGGAGCGCGAGCACAAGGCUCCAGUGUACAAUGAGAAGGGGCAGAGUUUCCAGAGUGCCUGGAAGACGUACAAGGACAAGCACUACGAGACAUUCCGGCGCGACCUGGUCGCUCAGUUCGGUAUCCCAGAGUUCAUCACUCCACCCUUCGCUCUUCGCCAUCUCACGCAAAACCGCCUCCCGGUGCAACAGUACGUCGACCGAUGGACUGAGCUCGCAAACGCGUGUCUCGAGAACCUCGACUCCGAGUACAACCGGUACUGGUUCAUCUACGGCCUGCGGAAGGAGAUCAGAGACCACAUGCUCGAGGUGUUCCCAUUCUUCAGAACCUUUGCCAAGAUCGUGGACGAAGCGAAGGCGAUGGAGAAACACCUGCAGUCUAAAGUUGUCGAGAGGGUUAUUGAGCGCGUCAUUGUGCAGCAGGUGCCCGCUCCGCCUACGCCCAUCGCGUCCGCGCCGGCCACGCCAGAGGUGACGACGUCCCCGGUUGCUCCGCUCGCUCCGUGUGCGCCCUCAACUCCAACGACACCCGCCCCUCCGGCGGCGGAAACGCUUGCCUCUCCUCCGCCGACGGAUGAGAUCGCCGUCGCGCACUCGGUUGAUCAUUCUGAAACGGCAGUGGUAACCGACGGGGGACGCGAGUCGACAUCUGAUGACGCUACAUAUCACCAGCUCACAACACUCGCCGUUGCCCCUGCUGUCCGCCUGUUCGUCCGGCCAGCGACCAUGUUCGCCACCGUCCCACUGAAGGUGCCCGUCCCCUACCGCUCAACUACCUCCCCGCCAACCAGGCUGCGUCUCCGGUUCUCCGGCGACCUCUCGCUGGAUGUGUCGACCUUUCUCCGUGUCGCUGAAGCCGACAUGUCUCGACACCCGUUCUACUUCAGCUAUGUGCUUCUCCGGAUUCACUUCCUGCGUCUCUCAUGCGAAGGGCGGGGAGCGCUCUGGGUGGACCGGUACCUCGGGUCCAGCCUUCUACCGCCAUCACUGCGCUCGCCUCUGCCCCACGAGUCGAUAUCGGAGUGGAUCGCCGCCAACGACGCGGCCUGGGCUGGGUUUCGAGAGGACAUGCUCGACUUUUUCAAGGACGGCACGCAGGCGCAGCUGAGGGGGCUGCAGCAGGAAGGCAGUGUAGGCCAGUACGCCGAGCUAUGGCGACGGGCGGCCGGAGACGCAGACGUCCCCGUCGACUCGCACUUUAAUUGUCGCUGGUGGAUCUGGGGCCUGAUGCCGGACAUUCGCGCCCGGUUCACAGAUGACGACUGGUCGAUCCCGAGCCUCGAGCACGUCGUCGCCCCCGUCGAGAUGGCGAAGCCGCCUCAGCAGCGAGCCGGUGCUGAGUGGACUUCCGUCGCCGAUUCCUGA